AAACCGCUCCGCACUGAUACCUGCUGGAUCCCCCGGGCUGCACGCUGACCACUGGACUUAAAAAACUUCCCAACCGCCACCGAGCCGCUAAAAAACAACCGCUAAGCACUUAAAGCAGGAGAACAUGGGGAAGGAAAGCGCUGUUUUGCUCGUUAUCUGGAUGCAUUUUGCAAGCACCUUCUCCAGCUAUGCAACUACAGCUGAACCAGCCGUUGAGACAGACACUUUCAGCAACAUCACAGCAAACUCCACAGACUGGAUGGUGGACUUUAGUGACAUCGAGUCCAAGUUUGCGCUAAGAACCAGCGAUGAACCCGAAGAUGACCUGUGCUACAUAGUCCCAGGACAGCGGGAAACUAUUAAAGAGUGUAAUUUCAAUCCGGACACCAAAACUUUCAUAGUCAUUCAUGGAUGGACGGUCACUGGAAUGUACGAGAGCUGGGUUCCUAAGCUGGUGACGGCCUUGUAUGAACGCGAGCCAACAGCCAAUGUCAUUGUGGUAGACUGGCUCAUCCGGGCCCAGCAACACUAUCCAACCUCAGCCGCGUACACCAAACUGGUGGGCAGAGAUGUGGCCAAGUUCGUCAACUGGUUACAGGCUGAACUUGAGUACCCAUGGGAGAAGCUCCAUAUCCUGGGCUACAGUCUUGGUGCUCACGUAGCUGGGAUUGCAGGACUCCUCAUGAGAAACAAAGUCAACAGGAUCACAGGUUUAGAUCCAGCCGGCCCAACCUUUGAAUAUGCUGAUGCCCAAAGCACGCUUUCCCCCGACGAUGCCCUGUUUGUGGACGUGCUUCACACCAACACGCGUGGCUCUCCUGACCGCAGCAUCGGCAUCCAGAGACCUGUGGGGCAUGUGGACAUCUACCCCAAUGGAGGAACUUUCCAGCCUGGGUGCGAUCUGCAGAACACCAUGAUGAUGGUGGCUACCACUGGCUUGAGAAACAUGGACCAGAUUGUGAAGUGUUCCCAUGAGCGCUCCAUCCAUCUUUUUAUUGACUCGCUAAUCAACAUGGAGCAGCAAAGCAUGGCCUACCGCUGCAGCUCCAAGGAAACCUUCAACAAGGGGGUUUGCCUCAGCUGCCGGAAGAACCGCUGCAACAAGGUGGGCUACGACGUGACCAAGGUGCGCAGCCGCAGGAACAGCAAGAUGUACAUGAAGACCAGAGACAUGAUGCCAUACAAAGUUUACCACUACCAAGUAAAGGUCCACUUCUUCAGCCAGAGUAAGAUAAGCUACACUGACCAGCCCAUGAAGAUUUCCCUGUACGGCUACGCUGGAGAGAAAGAAAACAUCCCCUAUGUUAUGCCUGCUAUGAAAACCAACACCACUGUGUCGUUCUUGCUGACCACGGAUGUGGACAUUGGAGAGCUGAUGAUGGUGAAGCUGGUUUGGGAGAAGGAUACAAUCAUCGGCUGGCCUUGGUGGAAUCCCGACACCUUCCACGUACGCAAACUACGCGUCAAAUCUGGAGAGAGACAGUCCAGAGUGAUCUUCGUUGCUAAAGACGGUGAGUUUUCCUACCUUGCCCGUGGAGGGGAUGCUGCUGUGUUUGUGAAAGACAAGGAAGCCCAGUCAAGCAAGAAAAAUGAAAGGUUGCACAAGCUGAAGAUGCAAGGCAGUUCCUUCAAGAAGACCACAGAAUAGAGCGGUACUUGCAGAGUCAUCCUUUUGCCAGAGCCCGAGAUGAGCCUGCUGGGAACUGGACUGGUAGAGACGGCGGUUUCUGUAUGUUCCGAUUGCAAGCCUUUCAUUGAAUAGUAGCAAUUAACACAAAAGAUCCUCAUCCAUAAGCACAUCCUGCAAGGAACUGUACUCUUUUAACUUUUAACUGCUGAGCAGUUUCCAAAUCAAAAAGCCUAAUAAAUCUAAUACCGCUCAGUAUUUUUUUUCCUUUCCUCAAAAAUGUGAUAAUCAAAGGUCACUGAAGCCUAAAGCACAGCAAGAAGGUGAUCUGGAAAAAUUGUAAUGCUGUUGCACCUUCUUCCAUGGCAAUUCAGUGGCUGAACCAUGGAAGGAUGCGAUCCUGAUCACGUCUCUUUGGCUAUGAAAUAUUUUUUCAAAUGAAAGAUAGAAGUCUUAUUGUUAUGCAAUACAUAUGUACUUAUAUGUAAGUAAACUCUUACACUGUUAUAACGUGUGUACUGAAUCUCUUCUGCCUUGGUCAAACCAAAGCACGGUUAAUAAACAAUGCGCCGCUUUGAGUGAAGGAUAUAUAGAAGGGUCUAUAUAUUCUGUCAAUAAGUAUCACACGAGACCUACCUGAAUAGUUAGAAAAGUCAAAUGCUGAGUGUUCUCCAAGCACAUUGAAGCAGUUGACAGUGCUAAGUAAAGAUUGCGUAUAAAAGAGAGUGGUCAUAUUGAUGUGCUAUAGGGGCAAGACCUACUGUUACACUGGGUAUUGUUUCACAAAAAACUGGGAGAAAAAGGGGAAAGCAUUUAAAACUCAGAUUAUUCAAGGUUCCUUUGUGUUUUCUUUUGGAAUUUACCCCCUUACACUCCAGGCUUAUUAUGCAGUUCUUAACAUUUCUGCAUAAGAAGACUGUUAAGAUGUAAAGACUUCAAAAUUCAGAGUUUGUAUUUUAGAAAACUAGGAAAUAUUUGGCUGAAACAAAUUCAGAUUUUUCUAACUAAUAUUGCAACUAUCAUUUGAAUUGCGAUUAUUUUUGAUAAUUUAGGCCUGCUUUUUUGACCAAGAAGACCAGAAUGUCCACCUUUUCUGGCUUGAUGCUUGACCUCUGAAUGUAGUUUAAGAGACACAACACAUGCAGGUUUGGUUAGAUUUGUUUGGUCUACAUUAUCUACAGGCAGUUCCCAAGCUCUGUGUUAUUAGGUAAAUUGUGAUUCAAUGUAAAAAUGAUUAAUCAUUCAGCCCUAUUACCUCUCAGUAACUGGUGAUAAGAUAUGUGGCAUCUACCAGACUUAUAUAUACAGUUUAUUUACUAUGAAAAUGAACCUGCACGUCUUUUUAAUACGUUUUUAAAUGUAGUGCAGAUGAUGGUAAAAUAGCACUUAAUAUGAAAAAAUACAUUAUUUUGCUUUACAAUGUCCCACAAAUGCAUAAAUUCCUCUUUUAAGACUUCAGUAACUACUAUAAAUUCUUAAGUAACUACACUGAAACUGAUAUGUAGGUCAUGUAAUUAUGAGCGUGAGAAAAGUAAGUUGGGAAACAUCUUCAACCCUGUGGAGUUUAAGGGGCUAAACUAUUUAAACUAAAUUUUUCUUUAUUUGUGCUGUUUGGUGACACUGUGAUCCAUCUUUUCCACCAAAACCUGCCAACUAACUAACACUAAUGUUCUUUGCAUAGUUCACCACAGACAGCUCAAACUUGAUUCUACCCACAGGAGAAUGUUGACCACUGAUGGACCAACUACUCUCUCAGCCAAAUCUAUGUCUGGAAUUGAUUCUUGUAAAUACUUUUUAAUUGCUAUAUAUCCUAAAAUGUCAAUUCUAUAUCUCGAAAUGUCUACCUUUUCACUUUAUUUUGUCUGUGUUUGGUUAUUGUGUUUGGCACAGGUCACUUUAUAGAUUCAGACCCCUUAAGUCAUCAUUUAAAGCCACAAUCAGAAGCCAGUUUGCUCUUGUCAGGUGCAUGCGUUUCCAAUAGAACGUCGGAGAGUUCACCUUAUAGAUGCCUAAUUUCUCAAAUACUGUGAACCAAAAAAAACAAGUUUGGACUGAUUUUGUGCGAAACUAUGCAAAUAAUAUACAAAGUGUUUGUAGCAUUGAAUUGUGUUGAAAUCCUUUAAUAUGAACUGUGGGAAGUCGUCAAUACUCUGCAUUUUGAUUAUUAGUGAACAGUAUCCCAAAUCUCCGAAUUUUUUAGAGACAGUCUGCACAAUUGUGUACAUUCAGAUUGCCCGUUUAGUUGUGACAAUCCCUGAUAGGUCAGUUGCCUCUUAGAGUAGCCAUAAGCACCAUUUUCAAGCAAAGAUCAGAAAUUAACAAGGCAGUUGGAAUGGAUUGCCCCACAUAAUAGCCAUUAACACCACAAGAUUAUUUAUUGAAUGUAUAUAUUUGUACAUUGGGCUUGUAUGAUGCCAUGUUUAUGUUUCUCUCUAUCUAUUUCUAUGUGACUUAUGCAUAUCCUCUCUAUUUUUAUAAACAGCUGAGUAUAAAUAAUACAGAUUGCUUGGGGGGGUGAUCUAAUUGCCUUUUGGAUUACUUCAUUCAUCAUAUAUAUACACUGCACUGUAUAAAAAUGAUAUUUUAAUAAACAGAUUAUGUUACAUA